GUUUUGUUGUACUCAUUUCAAAGAAGUGGCGCCAAGAACUGAACGCAGUACUCCAUAUGUGGAAUUAGCAAGACCAUGUACAGCUGUAGAAGGACUUACUUCCCUUUAUAUUUGAGGCCUUUAAUGAAAGAGAUUAAAAGCAGAAUAUGCUGGAAGAUACACAGCAGUUUGGCAGCAUAUGUGGAGAGAAAAAGAGUUAAUGUUUCAAAUCAAUUACUUUUCCUCAAAUGAAGGUCAAAUGCAGUAUGAGUUCACCAGGGUUAGAUAAUGAGAGGAUAAGUCAAGUAGAACUUCCUUCCCUGGAAUAUAACAGAUGAUUAGAUUGAGGUUUUUAGGACUCUGAAAAGAAUUUAAAAGAAAAUUGACCUAAACAGAUGCUACCUGACCUGCUGGGUAUAUCCAGCAUUUUUUGAUUUUACUCCUGUUCCAGCAUUUGAAGUCUUUUGCUUUCAACUUUGGUUAUAAGGAUUACAUUUCCACUAGCCUAUUUCAUUAUUCCUAUUUGUCCAGCAAUAUAGAAAUCCUGUGAAUAAAAUCUCUUUAUUGUCCAUCUCUAACUGCCCCCAGACUGACAAGGCAGUUAAGAGUCAAAACACAUUAGUGGUCUGGACAUACAAGUAAGACGAAAGAUUUCAUUCUCCGAAGGAUAUCAGUGCACCAGGUGAGUUUUGUGCUUACCAUUACUGAAGCUAGAUUUUUUUUCCCCAAUUCCAAAUUUAUUCAUUUAUUUGAAUUUAAAUUCCCCAGCUGCUAUAUGACAUUUGAGAUUAUGCCUCUGGAUCAAAGACCCAGAAUACUGGCUGCAAAUACAGUAACUUAAUCAGUAAUUACCACUGCACUUUCAUACCCCAUUUAUUGUAACUGAGCAUUGUAUUUUUGUAAUCUGUGUGGACAUACCAUUAAAUGUCUUAUGAUUCUUUACAGCUUUCCAUCAUUUUAUUUUUAAAAAACUCAGAUCUCUUCAUCCAAAAUACACAAUGCCACAUUCAGAGUUAUAGAUUCAUACAGCACAGAAACAGGACCUUCAGCCCAUCCAAUCUGCACCGAGCAUCAAUCACUCAUUUACAUUAAUUCUACACCUGUUACAUUUUAUUUGCCCCACAAACCCAUCAAUAGCCCCCAGAUUCUACCAGUCACCAACACAAUUGGGGUAAUUUAUGAUGCCAAUCUGCACUGAAAUCUAUCCAGCACAAAUUUACCUAUUCACUUUUCUACUAUUGUCUCUAUAAUUUUAUGUCUCCAUCCAUACAAGUUACUUUUGCUUGUUUAGUCAUUGAAGUUCAGUUGCUUUGCAAGUCCCCAGUAGUAUCUAGCCACUGCCUAAGUUUCCAGCUCACUAGUUCCUUGAAACUAAUUUACCACUUUACUUUCAGUCAAUAAAUUUCAAUGUCAGAAUGUAACAGAUAUAUGCACCUUGGGCUCUGCUUCUGUCCCACCUCAGGCUUCAUCUACAGUGGGUGACACUAAAACAGGCUGGGGCAGAUCAGUUACCACCUAUACAUACUACUUGAUUUUACACUGUAAUACAAGUAGUCGAGAGAUGGAGGAUUAGGCGUGUGUACAGGAAUUUAAACUUCCUGGCUUCUUGUGGGGGUGAGGGUGCAUCCUUGCCAUUAUACAUAGAUUUUUUGGAAUUAUUGAGCGGGGAGCACUUGCUCCUGCAUCCUUACCCACCAGCCUCAUCUUGCACAUGAUGCUGGAGAGGAAAAUCAGGCAUUGAUGUGUUAUAACACAUUUUGCAACUGCUUCUGAAGAUUUGGACCCACUCAUCCCAUGGCUGACAUGCCAAGUUUGCACUACAUUUGUAGCCAAAUCACUCAAAAUUAUUGUCAUAAACCUGCAAUUCACGACUAAUCAAAAGCAGGAGUGGGUACAGCAAUUUUUGAAAAUCAAAACACUGCAGGCGCUGGAAAUCUGAAAUAAAAACAGAAAAUAUAGGAGACACUCAGCUAGUCAGGCAGCAUCAAUGAAGAGAGAGAGUUAAUGGUUCAGGAUGAAUAGUCUCAGACCUGAAAUAUUAUCGCCGUUCCUUUUUUCACAGAUGCUACCUGUCCUGUUGCAUAUUUUCAACAUCUGUUUUUUUUGGAAGAAUUUUCGGUCAGGCAAUUUUAGGUUAAUCUUAAAUCUUGCAGAUUCAGCAGUCCCAGUCAUUCUUGUAUGUUUUUACGUUAAGUAAGACAUACCUACUCCUUGCGUUGAAUCAUAUGCCACCAUUAUUCUGGGUUGUAACACAGCUCAUUGUGAUCCGAACUAAGUCCAGAAAAUUCACGUGCGGGUUUUUUUUUGCGUGUUAACACAUUGUUGCAUGGCUUCCUAAAUUGUUAAAAACCUUAAGAGAUCGUUAGCAUCAGUUGAAAAACAAUGUUUCCGGCUCCAACUCUGCUUCAGGAACAGAAGCAUUACUAGUCAAAUUCCUCGCUGCUGCCAGCAUGGUACCAAGUUCCCUGACACGGAUCUUCAAAUGUGGUGAAUCACAAGAAUUCGAGGAGGAAUGUAUCCUCUAGUAAAGGUGGAUACAGAUUAAAGUUGUUAACAAUACAUUUUAAAAAAAGACAGUAUAGGGGGAGAGAAUUAUAGUCUAGGUAUGAGAUCAAUUUGCAAACUUUCUUUUGUUUUUACACACACUAGUGAUUUAACUUAGGGCAUAUCGUACUGGUGAGCCUCUGCAACUGCAUUAAAUCAGAAAUUGAACCGGGCACUUCAGGGCGUGACGCACGAUAACAAUCUGACAUUUUCCCGGCAUCAAAUGUGCACCACCCAUUUGCACGAUUAUUAGCACCUGUUGAAUCUUAAAAUGACCUGCAUUUAUCACGCACAAAAAAACGAGGAACAAACCCCACAACAGGUUGCCUCAGACGUAAAUUAAAGGGUUCCGUGUGUGACAUCAGUUUUUUCUCAAAGCAUCUGCCAGCCAGAUUCAUUUUUCAAUGUUUAUUAUAUAUGCACAAGCAUCAUCAUAUUCUCUCGAUGACAACAGCACUUGGGUUAUCCAGCUGUGUAAGAUGCUGCGAUCGCAGCCAGUGGUCAGCCUGUAUCUGUCAGGAUUCAAUCUGAGCAAAUGAUCACACGAAGGGAAAGACAUACUAUAGAGUUCACCAGCCCUCCCCAAAAGACAAGUCCUGUCAGCCUUUUUUGCCGCUGGUCUGUACAGCGAGAUCCUUUGAGGUCUGUUCACUUAACCGUGCCUCAGCACAGUAAUUGGGAUAACUUCAUGCAAGAGCCACGCAGGUUAAGUUUCUAAACACAUUGUGUAUAGCGGUAACAAUAUUUUAACGGGAUCCUCUUUUCAGUUUUGCGGGUCAACUAAUUGGGUGUUAGCAGCAGCCAAAACAAAAAGGGGCGAACUCACUUCCGGACGUAUCAUGUAUUUCUGCAUGUCGUUCGGCAACGCCUAUUUCAUUCAUUUUAAAAACCCGCAAACCAGAAAAACAGGCGCAAACGAUGCGUUUCAGCAAUGGGCGUGCCAGCAACCCUUGCCAUGGGCGUAGCUAUGAACAGAAGCAUUUGCAAAGUUCACAAACGCCGUUGGGACAGACCAGGGCGUUGCUCCCCACCCCCAGCCCGUCAAACUGUGGCGGUGCGUUAACAGCUGCGCAGUGUUGCCUCCGCGUCGGCUCGCUGUCAUUGGACGGAGUGUACAAAGGCUUUUUCCAGUUGAGUCUCUCUCUCUCUUCCGUUAAAGCGCCAUUCGAGCGGCGCCUGGAAGAGGGUCGCGAAGAGCACGACGGCGAGAAAACCCCGCAGCCCGCCCGUCAUGUCGGCCAGCAGCGAAGCAUACCUUAGGGUUAAAGUAGAAGAUGAUGCGCAAGCUGUGAUAUUUCAUGGAGCCGAAAUGGUGGAUGUUCAGAAUGGUUCUUCAUCCCCAACUACUGAAGAUCAGUCACAAGCGAACAAUCAGAAAAGAUACCUUGCUGCUGUUGUUUAUGUACAGCAAUCAGGAGUAGAAGGUGCACCUGGUGACCCCAGCAUGAAUACCAAUGAGUCAGCAGGAAACCUGUCGCAGGAAUGUGUGCCAAAUAGAGAAGAGGCAUCAUCUGAUAUCAGAUCGUGCAAGGCUAGACGCACCAGUGGAGAAUACAGCUAUGUUUAUAGGCCAAAAAGGAGGAAAAUCACAGUCUGUAAUGCACCUCAGAUGAGAACAAGAGACACUGGAGAUUAUGGUGACUAUGAAGAGAAUGGUGAUUUUGUUUAUGACUACAGUGCUGACUAUGAAUGUGCCAGUGAUAUGUCAGAAGGUUCUUAUGUUACAGAUCAGCAGAGGACUUUAGUGGAAGUUCUUAAUUACUGCCAGGUAAUGUAUGCUGCCAUCCAAAGACUGGAUAAGAAAUUUGAUGUCCUACAUCGCAGGGUCACGGAGAUGCAUCAGGGAAGAACAAAACCUAUGUUUUUCAAGCCUAGACUUAUGACAAUGUCAUAUGAAAAUACACAUCAGAUGCCACUCACCAAAAUGAAAAUACAAAAAACAACAGAAAAAGAAGUGAGGAUCCGGAUGCCUCCCCCUGACCAACAGCUUUGUUCUUCCCCACUCAGGAUACGAGUAGAGAAAGAGCCAUUGAAUGUCUCUAUUGCAAGCAAAGCUGCCCGGCUGUUGCCCAAUCCACAGACCAUGUACAGCUGCACCCGAGGAACAAGUCCACCUCUGCCCACUAUUCACUCUGUCCAGUCUUUACAAGAACCAUCGAUGCAGGGUUCAGCCAUGGCCAUUGGGAUUUCUGACUUUGUCCCUGCAAAAGCAAUUGUUGAGCAAGACACAAGGGUACCAAAGCCAUCGGGUGCCAAUGACACAGUGAUACCCACAGGUAGGCUGUAUCAAGGUGAAUGCAGUUUCAGAGAAGCAGAAGCAUUUGUUAAUGCAAAUGCUACAAAUGGAACUGAGCAGCAAAGCAACUUUCCUAAACGCUCGUCCUGUGUUCCUUCAUCAAGUGCAGCCAAUAUGAGUUUUGACUAUCUAGGCAACCCAAGACGAAAUAUUAAGGUGCCUGCAGCCUUCUUGAUAAAGGCGCGUCAAAAAUCCAAACCAAAGUACGCAGCACGCUACCUCAUUCGGAUGAUAUUCCCAAGAGAUGUACUGAUGUGUAGUAAUGUGCAAGGUGACAAAGCCCGAGGAAUCAAACCAUUAGACCCUAAUCGGGUCACUGGUUUACGAGAAUUCCUUUGUACACAAUUCCCCACGUAUGAUUUGAGUGAGGAAGGCAAAGACUGGAAGAUUUGUGUCACCAGUAUAAACUCCAUGAUACGCAGCCUGCGUUGUGAAAUCCAAAGAGGAGCAAACAUCACAAAUGAUAAUGGUAAAGCUUUGGGAUAUGAAGGAGCACAAGUGUGUGUAAAUCUGGAUUCCGACGGUGAAGAUGAGCUGACCCCUUCAUUAAGACCUGAGGAGCCCAAAAUUACUACUGAGCCACAGCAACAGGAAUGGAAACAGCAAGACGUUACUACUGUACCUGAGAGUGAUAAGCAGAGAGCUUUUGAACCAAAAGAAACUCUUGGUAAUCCAGCUCGGCAAGUCCAACUCCCAUACUCUGCUGUGUAUGUCGCUAAGCAAAGAUCAAGACCAGAGCUUGCAGCCCGAUGCCUAGUUCGACAUCUGUUUCCUGAGGAGGUGCUGAUCAGAAGCAACGUAUAUGGAAAUUUAGAUCGGGGCAUAGCUCCUUUAGACUGCAACAAAAUCAGUGCUAUCCGAGAAUUUCUUGAAGAAGUUUAUCCAGUGUUCGACUUGCGUGAGAAUGGACGUGAUUGGAAAGCUUGUGUGGCUGCUAUAAAUAGUUCCAUUCGCAGCAUAAGGCAUGACCUCAGGAAGUCCCUGCCAGGCUAUUACAAGAAACAGCAUCCUCAGUACUUUGGUUUGUAUUACAAGAAACAGCCAGGCAAUCAGAGCAAUAAAAUUGGUACUCCUCACAGCAUUGACCCCCAAGAAAAAUUCAGUGGAGACACAAACAUCCUCCGACCAUCAUCUUAAAAGGGAUGGAUACUGAAAAUGAAAAAUGAAGUAUAAAUUUGAGGGAAAAUAAAUAAUCUAUUGUUUGAAAGAAUAAGGUCUUAGGAAGCAUACAUAAUUAUUUAUGUUUAUAAGAAGUCUGAGUUUGACUGAGCUCCCCAAGUAUGUAAAGUUGUGCUUUAAUACUAUAGUUUUAUUUUUGUGUGCUUGUCAAUGUUUGCAUUCAUGCAGUAAUCAAAAGUAUGAAUUGCAGAAUGGCAAUAAGGGGGGGGGGGGGGGAUAAUUAUAGCAGAGCAAGUAGCAAAAACACUCACACAAACUGAUGAAUUGAAACAGAACAUUUGAAGUAACCUUACUGUGAAUUGCUGCUGAAAUUUACUUACAGGGAGAAGACAGUAUGUUCAAAGUUAUUUUAUGAAAUUCACUCAGUGAUGCUUGUAUGAAGAUUUUUGAUCUUUGCUUUGAGUUGUAUUUUUUUUCCUGUGUUCUUGAUGCACCUCAACAAAAGUGUUCCUCGUUCUCCUCUCAAGGCAGAAUACUUCAUUGCUGUAAAGAUGUUAACUAACCAAGCAAGAGCUAUCAUGGCUACGAUUGAUAAUUUGGUCUAUUUUGGAGCCCUGGGAUUUGAACAUUAUUGAGGAAAAGAAAAUGUGCAAUCAGAAAAUAAUGUAAAGUGUUUGGAUUGGGAAGGGAGAAGCAGGUGAUGCAGCUGUUCAACAUUUGUGGAGUUUUGAGUUGACUUCAUCCCAAAUUAAUAAGAGAACAUAUUUUAUGAAAACCCUGUGUAAUAUGAGUUUGGGACAGUCUUGACUCAGUCGUUUACAAGUAUAAUACUUUCCACAUUGUUGUCACUAAAUUCCUCAUGUCACUUAGAGGCCAUUGGGAUUGCUGUUCUGGGAAACAAAAAAACUGCACAUUUAUGCAAUAGAAAACAACAUUGAGGUUUAAACCACGGAUGACCCUUUUAUUUGAGUUGUUUGAGUGGAAGGUAAUCUUUCCACCUGGCUCGAUUAAUCCCCAACCUUGAGGUAUUUGAUAAAGACGCUGGAUUUUUAAAGUAUUCAGCAGCAAAGGUUGACGUAUAAACAGUGUAUGAAUGAAGGAUGGGCUUCAGAGCCAAUAAUGCUUUGCCUUUUUCAGAAGUAUGAUGUUUAAAUUGUAAAACAAAAACUGAAGGGUCAUUUAAUGAAUAUCAUUUUGUUAAACAUAUUUCCUGCUGGCACUCUUUAUACGUGAUUUAACUUAAGACUACAAAUCGUAUUCUUGUAGAGCUAUAAUAAAAUUUUCUGUAUCUAA